AUGGAUAUCUAUAUGCUCGGGAUCACCACUGUGAUCGGUGGGCAGUAUUUUUGCUGGAACGAAGGCGUUAACGCUGGAAUUUACAGUUUCCUUUUCGGCUAUUUGCUGAUUGCUAGUGCGUACAUCACAUUUUGCUGCUGUACAGCAGAAAUCACAGGCGCGCUGCCAUUCGCGGGAGGCGCCUAUGGUUUGGCACGAUGCACACUUGGAUUUUAUCCGGCCUUCAUAAUCGGAUGUUGUGAAGCUCUCGAGUACAUCGCGUACGUCUCGACAUCCACCAUUUCAUUUGUUGAUCUCAUCGUCGAUGCCGUUCCCUGGUUAGAGUUCCUUUCGCCAUUGUUAUGGACUCUUUUUUAUGCCAGCGCGCUUGUCAUCCAAAUCAAAGGAGGUCGUGCAUUCUGGAUAUUUAAUCUCGGGAUCGGUACCAUUUCACUUAUGAUCGUUGUGAUCUACUGCUUGGGAUCGUUCGCUUUUGUGAAUUUCGGGAAAUACGGCGCCGAUCCAAAUUUCGAAUUCGUUGACGGGGUUUCAGGAUUUAUGAAAGCAUUUCCGUUAGCGGCGUGGUUCUUCGUGGGCGUGGAAGCAUUAAAUAUGUCAAGUGACCAGGUGGUCCAGCCUAAGAAAGUUGUUCCGAUUGCUCAAGUUUCGUGCGUCGUGACACUAUUUUGCACUGGUUUGGUGAUUUUUUUCGUGACGGCGUCCUUACCACCUGGAUUGGCUACGCUACCAAGCGAACUCGUUCCGUUCAACAGGGGAUUUACACUCAUGUUCAAUAUUUCACAUCACACUGCUACCAUUUUAUCACUACCGGCCACUUACGCUACAGCUUUCGGGUUUAUGUGGUGUUACGGCAAACUUAUUGCUGCUAUGGCAAUGUCUCGUCUUCUACCACAUUUUUUAUCCAAGACAACGAAGGAAAACGAGACGCCCUAUGGUGCUUUCCUAGCCGGAUCAGCACUCAGCUAUGCACUCUGUAUUAUUUCCUAUUUCGUCCCUGCGGUGGGGGAUCAUCUGUUCCGGAUCUGUGUAUUAUCGGCGUUUAUGUCGUAUACAGGCCAAUGCAUCGGCUACAUUUCACUCAAACGAAACUAUCGCAACAUCAAAAGCUCGGAGUUUCGGAGCCCGUGGGGAAUUGCUGGAGCUGCUUACUCCAUGGUUGUUUGGGUUUUAGCAAUUAUUGCAGUGGUUGCCUUCCAAGAUAACGGCGGGAUAGAGAUCAUUGUGUUUUCGGCGAUAAUUGUGGUACUAACAGUUUUUUACUUUGGGUAUUCACGCAAACGACAAACUUUUUCAGCUGCGGAAAAUCGCGUGAUGUUGGUAGCUCAUGUGACCAAGUUUAACAUCAAGAAAGUCGCCGCUGGUCGACGAGCAAAGCAAAAGACGAGUGGCAGUAGUAAGUGUACUGGUGGAGAGGGCACAGAUACCUCUCAAGCGAAAAAGGCCGGUAGCACAAAUUAA